AUGCUGUCCGACGAAAGUUCCAUCGGCGAAGGCGUCGCACGGCUGAAUCGAUGGCACCUGGGUCCCGGCACAUCAAGGGUACAGCAGCAGUCGCACGCGCCGCUGCACGCCUUCUACGUGGUGGGGCGGUCGCUGCGCGUGCUGUCGGUGUUCGCGGCGUACCGCUUCCUGGUGGAGUCGGACGUGUCGGUGCUGCUCUUCGCCUUCUUCUCGCUCCUCGGCGCCGCUGUCCUCUUCUUCCUCCUCCAACGGCCCUGGAAGGGCAAACGCCUCACCAACACCCAGUGGGGCAUCUCAGUGAUGAAUGGAGGCGUGCUGGCGCUCGCUGUUGUCACAUGGGCGUAUGGUCUGAAGCAGUGCGGCCCUCUAAGGUCUGUAAUGGCGGAGUACUCAGGAGCGGUGGUUGCCACCAUAUCCACCAUGAUAUUCGGCCGGCGAGGUCACCGCGUACUCAAGCUGUACGGCGCCAUUGCCAUGCUGGCUGCCUUCUACCUCCUCGCCUCGGGAAUCCCGCUGGGUCCCACUCUUCCGCCGGACUUCCCACCUCCUGCCAACCCCGUUCCCUUGGGCCUAGACAGCACCGCCGCCGCCACUGCCGCCAGCACAGCCGCCGACAGCACUGGCAGCAGCACAGGCAGCAGCAGCAAGGGAGGCGCAGCAGGGGCAGUGGGGGUUGGGGCGGCAGGAGGGGAGGGAGGUGCGGGGUUGUUGGCGUGGCAGGUUGCGCGGAUGUCAGGGAGUGGGAUGGUGGAAGCAGGUGGGGGGAAUCCGUUGACGGCUAUGCUGCUGCCUGUGGCUGCGGGAGUGCUCUUUGCACUGAGACGACUGCUUGCCCGGCUGGGAAAGUCGCAGCAAAAGAAGCGGUUGCAUGCCGUCACGGCAGUGUCCUCUGUAUUCUUCCUCCUGCCUAUCGCCAUCUUCCAGCUCAGCGGGGGAGCGCAAGCCUUGGACCUGGAGGCGGGGGGGCGGCCGAUGCAGGUGUAUGCGCUGGUGAUCCUGGCAGGGCUCGUGUUCUCCUUCUAUGUGGACACGCUGGCGGAAGACAAGCUGCGUAUCGGCCCGUCGUCACUGAAGCAUCUGCUGGUGACGAGUGUGGCGGUGGUGGCACUGCUACUCAUCUAUCGAAUGCACUUCAGCCCGCUCUCCUUCGUCCUCAUCGCCCUCCUCCUUGCUGCUGGUCUGCACUGGUCUACGGCCAUAGAGCGCAGCAAGUCAGCGGGGUCGCUGGCAGAGGAUGGGGUGGCAGCCAAGGAGAGGCGCAGAACUGCCGCCCUCGCCAUGCUGCAGGGAGCAAUGGACCACGUCAUGUCCGAUUCCAAGUCACGCCGCAUUGCGCUCUUUCUCCUCAUCAACGCAGCGUUUAUGAUCGUGGAGUUCUCCGUCGGUUUCCUUUCCAAUAGUCUGGGGCUCAUAUCGGACGCGUGCCACAUGCUCUUUGACUGUGCUGCGCUCGCCAUCGGCCUCUAUGCCUCCUACAUCUCCCGCCUCGACUCCCCUUCUAAGUUUGCCUAUGGCUACGGUCGCUUUGAGGUGUUAUCGGGCUUUGUGAAUGCGGUCUUCCUAGUGCUCAUCGCUGCACUCAUCGUCUUCGAGUCCAUUGAAAGAAUCCUGGACCCACCGGACAUAUCAACGGCGAACCUGCUGGCGGUGUCUGUGGGGGGCCUGGUGGUGAACAUGGCAUGCUCCAUAUUCAUAUCAGCGCUCAUCAUCAGCACUGUCGUCCCUCUGCUGCAACGUUGCCCCUCCACUCCCCCUUAUCUCCCCCUUCUCUCCACCCCACCACCACCAGGCGUGCUCCAUAUUCAUAUCAGCGCUCAUCAUCAGCACUGUCGUCCCUCUGCUGCAACGUUGCCCCUCCACUCCCCCUUAUCUCCCCCUUCUCUCCACCGCACCACCACCAGGCGUGCUCCAUAUUCAUAUCAGCACUCAUCAUCAGCACUGUCGUCCCUCUGCUGCAACGUUGCCCCUCCACUCCCCCUUAUCUCCCCCUUCUCUCCACCCCACCACCACCAGGCGUGCUCCAUAUUCAUAUCAGUGCUCAUCAUCAGCACUGUCGCGUGCUCCAUAUUCAUAUCAGCGCUCAUCAUCAGCACUGUCAUCCCUCUGCUGCAAAACUCCGCUGAAAUCAUUCUGCAAAGAGUUCCCCGGGCAGCUGAGCACCAGAUUUCAGCUGCCCUGAAGAAGAUUGAGUCGAUGGCAGGGGUGGUGGCGGUGCGGCAACGGCACUUCUGGUCCUUCACUCCCAAGAUGCUAGUGGGCUCAAUCCACGUGCUCAUCUCUCCAGAUAGCCUCAAAGAUAGGGCCAAAGACGGAGGUGCAGCGGCGCAUAACGGAGAUGCUUAUAGCGAGUACGGGGGCAAGCAGCAGCGGGUGGAGGCGGUUCAGCAGCUGCGGCAAUCGUUGAGGCGGCAGGUUUCGGAUGUAUUCCGGGUGGUUGGCAUCACACACGUAACGGUGGAGGUGGGUACUGAAAGAGCAUUCACGUGUGGCAUGUGCAUGUUUGAAAGGUUACAGCUGAGUUGA